AUGGUGGCGGAGGUUGUGCUCGUGGCUGUGGCAGAGGUGCUUGUGACUGUGCUGGUUGUGCCGGUGACCGAAGUUGUGGUAACAGACGUUGCUGUGGCAGUCUCAGUGGCCGUGGACGUAAUGGAGGUGGUGGCCGUGACUGUCGUUGCUGUGGCUGUAGUGCUGCUGGUUCUGCUUGUGGUGACUGUUGUGGCAGUGAUUGUUGUGCUGGAGGUAGUCGUGGUUGGAGAAGUUGUAACUGUCUCGGAAGUCGUUGUUACCGUUGAUGAUGUCGUGCUCGUCGCAGUUGCAGACGUGGAUGUUUCCGUCCAGGUAGUAGUUGUGGCACCUGAUGUGGAUGUGACCGUCAGUGUCGUCAUCGUCUGUGUGGAGGUAGUGCUGGUGACACUGGUGAGAGUACUCGUCAUGCUGGUGCUGGUGGCCGUCAUGCUUGUGGUACUUGUGCUGGUCACCGUGCCAGUCGUGCUUGUGCUGCUUGUCUGCGUCAGGGUGGAACUCGUGAAAGUGGCGCUGGUGCUUGUUAAGGUGGUCACCGUGCUGGUCUGGCUCGAGAUCGUGAUUGAAGUGGUUGAUGUCUGGGAGACAGUGAUUGAAGUGGCACUUGAUGUAGUGGAAGUACCGAUGCUCGUAGAUGUGACACUGGUAGUUGUUGCGCUGGUGGUGGUGACGGUGAUGGUGGUGAGGGUCGUGCUGGUGCGCGUUGUGCUAGUGCCCUCAUAA